AUGCUUAAGAGAGAAUUACAAUGCCUAGGGACUCAGGAGAUUGAAUGGGCUUAUCCUUUAUUCAACUAUAUCAAAGCAAAGUUUAGGCAAGUUGAUAUACAAUAGAUUACAUUUAAAUUACUGUCUGAUUACUUCUGGGCAUAGUACAAUAAUACAGAUUAAUCAGAUAAAAUGAAGGAAACAUCUGCACUUCGACUCUUUACCCAGUAGUUUAAUAAUGUAAGCUCCCCUACAGGAGAAAAGAAAGAGUUCAUGCUUAGUUCUCCUAGAAGGUCGUUUUUACCUCCAGAAAUGCGCUUUAGUAAUUAGUAUGAGUUCAAGGCAGGCGAUCAUCUAUCAUCUAAUCACCAUCGUAGUGUCAAACUGACUUUUAAAUCGAUAUUAAGUGACGAGACUGGAAACGAUGCACUGAGAUUAAGUACUAAAUUUAAUAGGAAAGUCUUAAUCAUUAGAGAUCAGAUGCAGUAAAAAUCUCAUCCUAUACAUAAAAUCAUCAAAAAAUUUGACCUUCUGUUCUUCCAAAUAUAUGCUGUACAGAUUGAAAGAGCGAGUCAGAAGAAUGUAAAAGAAUCUAAAGAGCUCAUGAAUUAAAUUGUCAAAGAGGUUCAAAAUUUUGUGAGAAUUAUUUUCUUUGCUACUCUGAAAUUUUAUCGUCUGGAAUUAAAGCCAUAAGAUCUCCGCAAGGAUCUAGUAAUAAAUAUGAUCACCAGCUUGAUAAUGAAGGAUCAGACCUAUUCGAUUAUAAUGAAUGCAAUACUAUAAGGCAGCAGUGAUAGAGUGAGGAAUAUUUAAAAGAAUAUAGGCAAGUAUAGAUACAAAAUAAAUCUUGAUAAAUUAGGAGUGAGUAAGUACUUUCAGUUUAGCAGAACUUUCAAAGAUUUACUCUAAUAAGACACUUCAACAAUGUCCAAAAGCCAAAAUAAGGAUCCUAUAUAACAAUUGAAUAUGAAUGUCAACCCAAUGAUUAAAGAUUAAAAGCUAGAAAUUUUAGAUCAAAGAUAGCUUAUAAGGUCAAAGACUUUAAAGAAAAAAAGGAGAAGGAAGAAUUCUUAUUCAAAAGAUACUUAUAAGCCAUUUGAAAAAAGUAUCGAGGCCCUUAAAGAAAUUCCAGAAAUAAACUCACCUAUGAAGAAACUUGAAUUCAUCUAUUAAGUAUUUAAUACCUUAAUGAUCGGGGAGAUUGAUUAGUUCUGGGAAAGCAUAAAUGUUGACUAAAAAAAACUUGAGAUUGAUUAUGAGAAUUUGAAUGGAAUAGCCAUAUAUAUCGCUCUAAAAGCAGGCAUACCUAUUUUGCUUAUUGAUAUUAUCUUCAUUGAAAAUUUCGUGAGCAAAGCCAUUUUAAAUACUAACAGAGCAUAUCAAAUGACUGUGCUACACAGUGCAAUGACUUUCAUAGAGGAAAAUCUGCCUUCUUAUUAUGAAUCUAAGGACAAAAAGAACCCUCUAAAAGAAAAUUUUACACCGAAAUUUGUCUACAAUGAAAGCGUUCUAUUAAGUCCAAGAAGCAUGGGGUAGUCAGUAUUAAUGUCUAAACUAGGAUAAAGCUUUAAUUAGUAGAGUUCUGAACAGACUCAAGAAGAGUACGACCCAGAGAAAGAAGAGGAUAUGUUAUUCUGUAUGGAGCAGGUUAGUAUGCUAAAGAAUUUGGAUAACUAAAAGCCUAAAUAAAGAAAAAUGAGUUCUGAUCUAGAAUAAGAGAGAAAUAAUAGUGCAUAAAGUAAAUCUUAACUAAAUUAAGACCGCUCUACAGUUGAGCUAGAAAGCUAAAUUAACUAAAAACUCAACCUUAGAAAUAAAAAUUUUUGCAAUAUUUAGCCGAAUGCUGCAAAAACUAUCCACAGAAUGCUGAAUCAAAAACUCCAUACAUAGUCGAUGAUAGGAAAUUAAAACAAGACAGGAUUUUACAACUUAGCCUAGAGUAAUGAAUAAAUGUAUCAAAGCAGUGAGAAUAUUAGUCCUUAAUCUUAAAAAUUAAUCUGGAAUCUAAACAUAUAUUCUGACUAUGACAGACUAAUAAGCACUUACCUAGAAGACAGCCAGCUAAACUGCAAUUAAGAUGAGUAGAGGUCAAAGAGUCCAAUUACAUCUCCAAAAAUCUUCUUGACAAGUCAUGAUGAAGUAAGAUUGGACAUAAUCGAUAAGGAGUCUAAUAUGUACAUAAAUGAAAUUAUUGACCAAAUUAAUUUAUCUAGCGACAAAGAUACCAGCAACUGA